UUACCAUUUUGAAGUUGAACACCAUGUCACAGGUAACGGCAACUUUCAAAAGGUAUUCUACACGCAUGUGCUGUCACGUGGAAGAACACAAGAAAAAAAUUAUGGGAUACGACUAGCUGAGGUGUCAACCCUUCCUCCAUCUAUUAUAGCAGAAGCCAAGAGAAUAUCACACAAUAUUAGUGUACAGAAGUCAAAUGGAAAAGAUAGUGAGGAAGCAAGACAAAAAAGAGCUGCAUUUCACCUGGCCAACAGGUUAAUACAGGUGGCUCGUAACUCACAGCUUGAUGAAGAGAGUUUGAAGGAAUAUGUCACCACUUUGAAGAAACAGUACGAGACAGAGAUAUGUCCUUUUGAUUCUGAAGAGUAGAUACAGUAUGUUUAGGGGAUGUGAAAAUGAGAUGGUGUGAACCAGAAUAAUAUAGAUGAAAGAUGAUAUGGACAAGGUGGUAUGUGAAUGGAGAUGAUGUCAAUAUACAGGUAAAGUUGUCAUGCAGAUUUAAAGUAUUGUCAAGGAGAUAUGCAGAAAAAAUUUGGCAAAAAGAAAAUGUAGAUGAAAGGUGUCACAGAAAAAUGCAUAUGAAAAUGUUGUUGCCAAGACUUUAAGCAGAUGGAAGUCAAAGAUAUAUGUGCAGUACUGUACUGCUGUUGAAAGAUUUUGUCAAGCGAAUAUGUGCAUAAAUAUAUUUGGAUAUGCAGAUGGUGCCAGAGAUAUACAGAUGGCAAA